UCUCGCGCUCCUGUCCCCUCCCCCCCCGCUCGCUCCCUGUCAGUGCGGUGGCUGCGCCGGGAAACAUGGCGUCGGAGGGGAUGAUUUUAACGAACCACGACCACCAAAUCCGCGUCGGGGUCCUCACAGACAUUUUGCAACAUGUGAAAAGAAUGCAACCAUGAAAGUGUCAUAUCCAGCCCCAGUGUUUAAUGAAGUGUUCAGAUUAAAGUGAGUGACAGUUGCUUCAGGAACCUUGCCGAGGAUCGUAGUGGGAUAAACCUUAAAGAUCUGGUCCAAGACCCUUCUUUGUGAGUAUCUGGCUCUUAUUGCUAAGCAAAGAAAAACUUCUUCAUGAUAUCAUUGUUGGGUGGGACUAUAUCUGCAUACAAGAUAGUGCCAGACGAAAUAGAAGAAAUCAAGGAGACGCUGAUAGAUUGGUGUGAUGAAAAGGAACUUAAUUUGAUUUUAACAACUGGAGGAACAGGGUUUGCACCACGAGAUGUCACUCCAGAGGCCACUAAAGAAGUAAUAGAGCGAGAAGCCCCAGGGAUGGCCCUGGCAAUGCUGAUGGGAUCACUUAAUGUUACUCCUCUGGGCAUGCUCUCUAGACCUGUUUGUGGAAUCAGAGGGAAAACUCUUAUAAUUAAUCUGCCAGGUAGCAAGAAGGGGUCACAGGAAUGCUUUCAGUUUAUACUGCCAGCCCUACCUCACGCCAUUGAUCUUUUGCGGGAUGCCAUUGUAAAAGUAAAGGAGGUACAUGAUGAGCUUGAAGAUCUACCUUCACCACCACCUCCUCUUUCUCCUCCUCCAACCACCAGCCCUCACAAGCAGACAGAAGACAAAGGAGUACAGUGUGAAGAAGAGGAGGAAGAGAAGAAGGAUAGUGGAGUUGCCUCAACAGAGGACAGUUCUUCUUCACAUAUAACAGCAGCAGCCAUUGCAGCAAAGAAGCAUCCAUCCUACACCAGUUCAGCUGUUAUCAUGGCAAAAGGUGAACAGCCCAUCCCCGGUCUCAUCAGUUAUUGCCAUCACGCAGCAGGCAGUGCAGGAGAACUGAUUCCAGAUUCCAUCAUCUCUCGUGGUGUUCAGGUGCUCCCACGUGAUACAGCCUCCCUCAGUACUACUCCUUCAGAAUCUCCUCGUGCCCAGGCCACCUCUCGUCUCUCCACUGCAUCCUGUCCAACACCAAAACAAAUUAGACGGCCGGAUGAAAGCAAAGGAGUUGCUAGUAGAGUUGGAUCCCUCAAAGUCCAGUCUAGGUGCAGCAGCAAGGAGAAUAUCCUCAGAGCAAGUCACAGUGCUGUUGACAUUACCAAGGUAGCAAGAAGACACCGCAUGUCUCCAUUCCCAUUGACAUCUAUGGACAAGGCCUUCAUUACAGUUCUGGAGAUGACCCCAGUGCUUGGAACAGAAAUCAUCAAUUACAGAGAUGGAAUGGGCCGAGUCCUUGCUCAAGAUGUAUAUGCAAAAGAUAAUCUACCACCAUUUCCAGCAUCAGUAAAGGAUGGCUACGCCGUCAGAGCUGCUGAUGGCCCAGGAGAUCGAUUCAUCAUAGGGGAAUCCCAGGCUGGUGAGCAGCCAACUCAGACUGUGAUGCCUGGUCAGGUAAUGCGUGUUACAACCGGUGCUCCAAUUCCAUGUGGUGCUGAUGCAGUGGUGCAAGUGGAAGAUACAGAGCUCAUCAGGGAAUCAGAUGAUGGCACUGAAGAACUAGAGGUUCGAAUCCUGGUGCAGGCUCGACCAGGCCAAGAUAUCAGACCUAUAGGACAUGACAUUAAAAGAGGUGAAUGUGUGCUGGCUAAAGGAACCCACAUGGGUCCGUCUGAGAUUGGUCUCUUAGCAACUGUUGGAGUAACCGAAGUAGAAGUUAACAAGUUUCCAGUGGUUGCAGUCAUGUCAACAGGGAAUGAGCUACUGAAUCCUGAAGAUGACCUUUUGCCAGGGAAGAUUCGGGACAGUAACCGUUCAACUCUCCUAGCUACAAUCCAGGAACACGGGUAUCCAACAAUCAACUUGGGAAUUGUGGGAGAUAAGAAGCCAGAUGUUUUUAAAGAAGAAGGGACACAGAGCUUCCAGAACACUGCGGAGACAGGCCUACCAGAUUGCCCAGAUGAUUUACUGAAUGCACUGAAUGAGGGUAUCAGCCGUGCUGAUGUGAUCAUUACAUCAGGAGGUGUAUCUAUGGGGGAAAAGGACUAUCUUAAACAGGUGCUGGAUAUUGAUCUUCAUGCACAGAUUCACUUUGGCAGAGUUUUUAUGAAACCAGGCCUGCCAACAACUUUUGCAACCCUGGAUAUUGAUGGCGUAAGAAAAAUAAUCUUUGCGCUCCCAGGCAACCCUGUGUCAGCUGUUGUCACCUGCAAUCUGUUUGUUGUUCCCGCACUGAGGAAAAUGCAGGGAAUCCUGGAUCCUCGGCCCACCAUCAUCAAAGCCAGGUUAUCAUGUGACGUAAAAUUGGACCCCCGCCCAGAAUAUCAUCGGUGCAUACUGACUUGGCAUCACCAAGAACCACUACCUUGGGCACAGAGUACAGGGAAUCAGAUGAGCAGUCGUCUGAUGAGCAUGCGCAGUGCCAAUGGACUGUUGAUGCUACCUCCAAAGACAGAGCAGUAUGUGGAGCUUCACAAGGGGGAGGUGGUGGAUGUCAUGGUCAUUGGAAGGCUAUGAUGUCACCAGCAAGAGCGAAGCUUUGAUGCAUGUCCACAUAUCAUUGACUGUAUCCUGUAAUAUGCAACGGCACAGCUAGUUUUUCUGAUUUGGAUAACAGUUGAUCAGUAUAGUCAACAUCUUGAAUUAUAUUUCAAAUGGAAUUUAAAUAAAUACCUUUUAAAAAAAAACUUUAAAACAAAUCUUAACAAAGAAAUUUAUUCUGAUUAUAUCAAAGCAACUUUUUCCUUUCCUUGCAAUUGCUUUGUGUGUUCAAUGCUAGUUCUAAUAGCAGUAGCUUUUAGUAGACAGCAGUAGGUGCCUGCAGAACUUGUGUUUUUUCUCAUCUUUAAGAUACAACUACUUAUGCUCUUAAAACAAGGCUGUCUGCUUAUUUAUACUAGCGUAGACAACACUUGGAUUUCCCUUAUUAGUAUGCUUCAUAACCGCUUCACAGAGAGCUUCUGCUUGUUCUUUAUCUUGUAUCUCGUGUUGAUGUGCACAGUGCCAACAGCAGAGUGGCUGCACUGGGAACCCAAUGAAGCCCCGAGGUUUUCUCACCUCGCUGCGCAUUCAGGGAUCUCUCUUGUCCCAGCAGCCACCCAGCUCAGUACUCUUGGGCAGUAACUGGAUACCUUUUAUUUCAACAAACAAAAAAAUUGCUUCCUUAAGUGCUGACAGCCUUUUUAACCAAUACAUUUAAAAAUGUACAGAACUAAAAACUAAAAAAAAUCAAAGACUGAUCUUGUACAGAUAUUAGUGUUACCAGCAUUCGUGUGGAAAUUAAAUGAGCAAAGAAAUAAAACUAAUGUUAAACAACUCUGUACCAUAACAUUUUCUGUAAUGAUAUUGAAACUUAAAUGAAUAAAAAAAAUCCUCAAUCAUUAUUUAAAAUUUCAA